AUGCUCCUAUUCACGCUCUUUUUCGCCCUCGCGGCCGCCGUCGCGCCUCCCGAAGCAAGCGACGUCCUAGAGGGCAAGCCACAGGGAUACUGCAGCCCAUCCGGACCCAUCGAGGCCACCAACUGCGCGUACGAGACCAUCGAGGGACUCAACAACGAGCUCUUCCCGGCCGUGCAUGACCUCGUGUCCUUUCCCUUCUUCAAGUACUACAAGGUCGACCUGUACCGCGAGUGCCCGUUCUGGAAAGAUGACAGCGGGAUGUGCAUGAACCGAGCGUGUGCGGUGCAGGAGGCCGACGACUCUGAGAUUCCCGAGAAAUGGCGGGCUAGUGCUCUGUCCGAAGUACGCUUGCCCGACGCCGAGGAGGCCGAGGGCAUGGCAGGCUGUUACUUCCGCAACGACGACUUUUGCGCAACGGACGACGACGCCAGUCCUGGGGGCGUGUAUGUCGACCUCACCCUCAAUCCUGAGCGAUACACCGGCUACGCUGGAGGCAGCGCGCACGAUAUCUGGAAGGCUAUUUACCAGGAGAACUGCUUUGGACUGUCGGAGGCGAGCAUCGCAGAUGCCAAGGCCGGGCGGGGACGUAGCGUCGCGCCUCCCUCAUUUGGGAUGGGCGCAAUGGGCGAUGACAUGCAGCGGGCUGGUCUUGCGCCAGCCGAGACGUGCGAGGAGAAGAAGCUGUACUACCGCGUCAUCUCUGGCCUUCACGCGUCUAUUGCAACGAGCAUCUGCGCCAACUGGCUUGACCGCGAGACAGGCACCUGGGUCCCGAACCUCGACUGCUUCAUCUGGCGCUUGGCCAAGUUCCCUGAACGACUCGGCAAUGUCUACUUCAACGCCGUCCUCCUUCUGCGUGCUGUUGCACGCGCCGCACCAUACUUCCACGCAUACGAUAUCGCGAUCACGCCCCCAUCUCUCCGUUUGAAUGAGGGUACUGCCCGUGGAGCAGUUGACGACGCAACCCGUACGUCCUUUGAGAGGCUGCUCGCGCUCGCCGAACGCGCCGACAUUGCGUCGAGCUUCGAGGAACGCGCAUUCUUCACUGACCCCGACGCGCCAAUCGUGAUGCAGCAGUUCAAGAGCCACUUCCGCAACGUCAGCCGUAUCAUGGACUGCGUCGGCUGCGACAAGUGCAGGAUGUGGGGCAAACUCCAGGUCUCGGGCUUCGGCACCGCCCUCAAGAUCCUCUUUGCGCUUGACGAGAAGGACUUGAACCCAGAAACCAACCCCGACCUCCUGCGCCGCACAGAGGUCGUUGCACUGUUCAACACGCUUCACCGCGUGGCCGAGACAUUGCACUCGGUAGCCAGUUUCCGGGAGAUGUGGGCUGAGCGGAUCGCGGCCGAGGCUGCGAUCGCCGCGGAGAAGGAGAAGCGGGAAAGCGACGAGCUCGCGACGACAUCAUACUCGUGGGUCGCGUCUGGCCCGGGAGCACUCGGCACUGCCGUACUUGCGAUCCUCGAGGCCGUGAGGCGCCACUGUCGCGGGUGCGUCGGUGCCGUUGCCCGCUGGCUCGCAUCUACCCGCAAGACGGAGCUGUAG